AUGGUAACAAAUGCUGCUAUGAAUCAAACUUUGCCAAAAUUAGACAAAGCCAGGUCAACUAAAAACAAUGCAAACUACAUAAAAGACAUUUACACUUCCCUUGAGAAGAGAAACCUAAAAAAUCCUUUAUUUGAAGUCCAAAACAAAUCUUUACUCCCCCCAUCCUUGAUCGAACGAUUGACUGUAAAAUUCCUAAAAAUUGUGAAAAUUAAACCCAUCCUUGAUUGAGCGAUUUUCAUAUCAUGAAAAUUUUUAUAUAUAUAAAAAUAUAUUAGUUAUCAAAAGCUUGGGAAGAUGUACCUAAUGAAGUUGUUAUCAGAGGCUUUGAGACGACAAGAAAGCUACGGAAUCAACCAUCCAAGUGCUUUAGUCAGCAAACUGAGCUUAAAAACUCAAUAAUCUAUAAAAUAGAGAUUCUUUAAAAUUUAAAGUUUUUAAUUCAAUAAGGAACCAAUUAAAAUUUAUACAGUUUAAAGGGGUGUAACCAAAAAAUAAAAAUAUUAAAAAUUGGUAUUCUUAUGAAAUUAAUUCAAUUUUUUGCUGUAAAAAUAAUUAUUAAAUACUCUUAACCAUCUUAUUUAAAAGUAUAUAAAAACAAUAUAUAUUUUUUUUUUAUAUAUAAAAUUUUUUAAAACCCCCAUCCUUGAUCGAACGAUUGCGAGCCGUUCGAUCAAUGAUGGGAGGGAGUUAGAACAAUUAUGUACAAAUGCAAAAAAGGAAUGGGAAGAAGAAAAAUCCCAAAUCGCGAAUUUUAAGCGGCAAAAGAAAAGUUUUAGCCAAAUAAUUACCCCAAAUGUCGCUAUUUGUAAAUUAAACCGGGAAAUGGAUAAUAUGACUCCCCAGCAAUUGAAAUCGUUUGAUGUGAAUGAAAAAUUUAAAACCCCAAUUAUUAAUUACAAAAACAGCAUGAUAUAGAAUAGGAAGAGAUAUGGAUUGGCUUGAACCAUCUUUACCUAUGAAAAAUUCAUCUUUUUGAUAUUAAUUUGAUUUCGACAUUUUUUAAAUAAUCAGAAUUGUAGGAAGUAAUAUAGGUCGAUCCAUUUCUAUGCUAGCGGUAUAAGAUAUAAUACGUCUGAAUCAAAUUUGCUGCCUAAAGCAUUUCUAACGCUAUCAUUUAUUCCUCAGUUUGAGGCUACUUUUAAUAGACCAAAACUAAAAAAACAUAAAGAAAUAAUUAAUUGUACAUCAUUUCCUGAACCAAUUAAGCCUAUAUAUCAUUUACAAAGAUCAGACAGCUAUUUAGCGAAUUUAAAGAUAAAAAAAGAAAAAAAUUAUUCUAAUUUGGGACAGUCACAAUCACUGAAUACAUCAGCAGAUGAUAUAGAGGAAAAGCAAAAUCCUUAUGUACCAUAUAGUUUUUCUCGGCCAAAUACCAAACUUUUGCGUAAAAAAUACGACAAUUUCUCAAGAAAAAAUACUAAAAUAGCAGAAAGUUCUUUUCUUUUACCUCUCUAUGGGCAAGAAAAAAAGUUUUCGGGUUUAUCCCCAAAUAAUAAGUAUUUUUUCAAUGAUUUUGUUUUUUCACUGAGGAGGAGUUAGAAGAAAGUGACAAUUCAUGUGAAAUUGAUUCAAAAAUUGAAGGCUGAGAUAAUCAUAAUUCGACCUUUGAUAUAGGCUCAGAUUUUAAGAUGUCAAAACUUCCUCCGCAUAGAAUGGCGAUAGAGAAUAAUAUUUUUUCAAAAAUCAGAAGAAAAAGAAAAAGACUAAAGCAGCUUAUUGCGUAA